CUGUAAGAGUCUCUCCAGUAGGCUCACCAGAACUUCAGGCCUUGCUCAUGAAAAAAGGCCCCCAACCCUCUGUCAUCAAACCGCAAACACCAACAACCUCAUCCCUGUCCUCACCAGCCAACACAUGUGAAAUCCAAGGCUGCACCAACAUCGCCAACUAUGAAGCAAAGGUCGGUAAUCAACACUACCAAGCCAUAGCUAGGGUAUGCCUCGAGCAUGCCACAGACAACAUCAACGAUGAACCUACCUUAGACCUCCAACUAAUCAAUGCAGACAAUAUGUCAGCAUACUCCCUCUCCACAAUCAGCCUAAGCGAUAGAGAUGGAGACGAUAGGGUUAAGCAAAUUGUCAGGGACCUCAAGACAAAACCUCUGGCCAGCAAUACUGCACCUCCAAAGCGAAGGAAAACCAGAAGUGGAUCUGACCCAUCCAAAGUGCAACAGGUUACCUUUGAUAUCACUAGCGAUGAAGACUUUCCCCCAAUCUCCCCAUCUGCAACAUCACAAAAAAAUCCUCGUUCAAAUUCUGGUACCACCAAAGAAAUUCUCGGGGACAGCAGAGUAUCGGAAAAAUUGAUCAGCAAAAUAGCACAAUCGAAAAAGGAUGUAACUGCACAAAAAGGUUACACCAACCCAAAGCACACCCCAAAAAAGGCUAAAACAAACAGAACAGCUGAGAAACCAAAGGAGAUAGAUGCUGGUAACUCCAGCGAAGAAGAGCUAACUAAAGGCUUCUGGUCUGUAAUGGUCCCAAUAACAGAUCAUCCCACUCCCUUUCCACAAAACCCUUCAAAUCGCAAUGCUAUCAAACUACGAAUUGAUGGCGAACCCGUCGGAGCUGCCCUUGACUG